AUGUGCCUAGACGAACCUGGAACGAUGGGCUCUUUGGCGUCUGCUUUGACGAGCACGAUGCAACGCGUGUCUGGACGUGCGCGGGUGAUGGGAGCGUCCAACAAUGGCUGGUCCAGUCCCAACAAGAGCAUCCCAUUUCACACUGGCGCCACCACACUGCAGAGGUCAUGCAUGACAAGGGACAAGGUCUCCAUUCUCACCGUUUUCUGGACGCCCACCCUUUGCCCCGUCGUUGCGACCUGCAACGCCGCCCCCCAUAACGCACACGAUGCCCCGAUCACGCUGCGUGGUCACCAGGGCAACGUGUAUGACCUAACGUGGCACCCCGGUGGCCGCACUUUGGCCACCGUGGCAGCCGAUCGCAUGUGUUAUAUCUGGGACACGAGCAGCGCUCACAGCCCGGUCCAGCGCAUGGAGCACGCACACGAAGUCCUAGCCUGUGAUUGGCACAAAUACCAUCAACACCUUGUCGUAACGGGCUGCGUCGAUGCCAAUGUUUACGUCCUAUGCGAUGUCUUCAACGAGCAUGUGGUCUACAGCGCGGGCUACGAUUUUGCAACCUUUGCCUGGGAUCUUCGUUUGGCAUCGCGACCUACAAGUAGUUCGGGCCCGCUCAUCAACCAGCACACGUGCCAUUCAGAGUUUGUGACGGCAUUGGCGGCUUCCACGCACGAGCAUGUAGUUAUUGAUGGUGGAUGGGAUGCACGCCUGCAGUUUUACGAGAGCGGUUCUUGAAUGACAAUCUGCGAGGCGUGGACGCGACCGGGGAGAGGCUAGGAUAGGACAAUGAGUUUGCAUCUAGUUGGACGUCAAUUGAUGACGCGUGUGC